GUUGUUGUUUCACCAUCAGGUCCCAACUCCAACCAGAGACGCAGGGGUCGUCAGACGUACACACGGUUCCAGACACUGGAACUGGAGAAAGAGUUCAAAUUCAACCGCUACCUGACACGACGCCGCCGCAUCGAGCUGUCCCACAUGCUGUGCCUGACGGAGCGGCAGAUCAAGAUCUGGUUCCAGAACCGCCGGAUGAAGGAGAAGAAGGAACUGCAGGCUAUCAAAGAGCUGAACGAGCAGAGCCGCGGCCACGAGAAGUCGCUCCAGCAGCCCUCGGCAAAGUCAGAGGACAAACUCGCCUCGGCACUGACGUCAUCCUCCUCGCAGAACGCCAUCGAGUCUCCGAACAGCUCGAGUUCCGAGCAUAGUUGAGGGCCGAGUUUCUUUCAAUUGAACCUCAUCAUUCUUUCAUCGUCAAGGAUUCAAUCACCAAAAACACAAAAAACAAUUCUAGCCCCAAAAUUUGACGGCUAUGAAAAACAAUUUUCUUAAAUGUUCCUCAUUCUCAUGUGGUCUGAGGCUGUAUUUUCAUUGGUCAGAUUUCCGAACACGAGGAUACAACAGAUAUUCUUGACGUGGAUAACGGUCCGAUGUUUUAAAGGAUACUAGGAUACUAGUAGCGGAUAACUCAAACUGUGGAGGCCGGUCCACGUGACUAUGCAAGUUGUUGUAUACUAUCAAUCC